GUGCAAUGGAUGAGCUUCAUAGUCUGGAUCCAAGAAGACAAGAGUUAUUGGAAGCUAGAUUUACUGGAGUUGCAAGUGGGAGCACUGGGAGCACUGGCAGUUGCAGUGUUGGAGCUAAAGCCUCAACAAAUAACGAAAGCUCUAAUCACAGUUUUGGAAGCUUGGGAUCUUUAAGUGACAAAGAAUCAGAGACACCAGAGAAGAAACAAUCAGAGUCAUCCAGGGGAAGAAAGAGAAAAGCAGAAAACCAGAAUGAAAGUAGCCAGGGAAAAAGUAUUGGAGGGCGUGGCCACAAAAUUAGUGACUAUUUUGAAUACCAAGGUGGAAAUGGCUCUAGUCCAGUAAGAGGCAUACCUCCUGCAAUCCGUUCUCCUCAGAAUUCACAUUCACAUUCCACUCCUUCCUCAUCAGUUCGACCGAAUAGCCCUUCGCCUACUGCAUUAGCUUUUGGGGACCACCCUAUUAUACAACCAAAGCAGUUAUCCUUUAAAAUUACUCAGACUGAUCUCACAAUGCUAAAAUUAGCAGCAUUAGAAAGUAAUAAAAACCAAGACCUGGAAAAGAAGGAAGGUCGGAUAGAUGAUUUGCUCAGGGCUAACUGUGAUCUCAGACGGCAAAUAGAUGAACAGCAAAAAUUACUUGAAAAAUAUAAAGAACGAUUAAAUAAAUGUAUAUCAAUGAGUAAGAAACUUCUUAUUGAAAAGAGUACACAAGAAAAACUGUCAAGUAGAGAGAAGAGUAUGCAGGAUAGAUUACGCCUUGGGCACUUUACAACAGUUAGACAUGGCGCUUCAUUUACUGAACAAUGGACAGAUGGUUUUGCAUUUCAGAAUCUUGUGAAGCAGCAAGAGUGGGUGAAUCAGCAAAGGGAAGAUAUUGAAAGGCAAAGGAAACUUCUAGCCAAACGCAAACCUCCAACAGCUAAUAAUUCUCAGGCACCCUCUACCAAUUCUGAACCCAAACAAAGGAAAAAUAAAGCAGUCAAUGGAGCAGAAAAUGAUCCAUUUGUUAGACCAAACUUACCACAACUGUUGACUUUGGCAGAAUAUCAUGAACAAGAAGAAAUUUUCAAACUUAGACUAGGACAUCUCAAAAAGGAAGAAGCAGAAAUCCAAGCAGAGCUGGAACGUUUGGAAAGAGUCAGAAAUCUUCACAUACGGGAGCUCAAAAGAAUAAACAAUGAAGAUAAUUCACAGUUCAAAGAUCACCCAACGUUAAAUGAAAGAUAUUUAUUACUUCAUCUGCUUGGUAGAGGUGGCUUUAGUGAAGUGUACAAGGCCUUUGACCUUUAUGAACAGAGGUAUGCUGCUGUGAAGAUCCAUCAGCUUAACAAGAGCUGGAGAGAUGAGAAAAAGGAAAACUACCACAAACACGCCUGCAGAGAGUAUAGAAUACACAAAGAACUGGAUCACCCCAGGAUAGUUAAACUCUAUGACUAUUUCUCCUUGGAUACAGAUACGUUUUGUACCGUGUUAGAAUACUGUGAAGGCAAUGAUUUGGACUUUUAUCUGAAGCAACACAAAUUAAUGUCAGAGAAAGAAGCUAGGUCUAUCGUAAUGCAGAUUGUAAAUGCACUAAGAUAUCUCAAUGAAAUCAAACCCCCUAUUAUACAUUAUGAUCUUAAGCCAGGGAACAUCCUUCUGGUCGAUGGAACAGCAUGUGGAGAAAUCAAAAUCACUGAUUUUGGUCUGUCCAAGAUUAUGGAUGAUGAUAGUUAUGGUGUAGUUGGAAUGGAUCUUACUUCCCAAGGGACAGGCACUUACUGGUAUUUACCUCCUGAGUGUUUUGUAGUUGGAAAAGAGCCACCAAAGAUUUCCAACAAGGUCGAUGUGUGGUCAGUGGGAGUCAUCUUCUUUCAGUGUCUUUAUGGUAGAAAGCCAUUUGGUCACAACCAAUCUCAACAAGACAUUCUUCAAGAAAAUACGAUAUUAAAAGCCACAGAAGUUCAGUUCCCUGUAAAACCAGUUGUAAGCAGUGAAGCCAAGGCCUUUAUAAGACGCUGUUUGGCAUACCGAAAAGAAGAUCGGUUUGAUGUGCAUCAACUGGCAAAUGACCCAUACCUUCUUCCGCACAUGAGAAGAUCGAAUUCUUCAGGAAACUUACACAUGGCUGGGCUGGCAGCAUCCCCCACACCCCCUUCUUCAAGCAUAAUUACUUACUGACUGUCCUCCAAGACUGGCAUGAUGUCUCUGAAUUGCUUCCAGAUGCACACUUGAGUUUGAGAGCAUUUGAGUGUUUUUUGUUUUCCUUUUCACACAGGACAGGUUAAGAACUGUUUGUGAACCGAAGUUCUUCCUAGCGCCGUUUCUGCGAGUGGAUCAUGAACAAUGAAUAAAUGCACACUUCUGGCGUAACCGUGAGCAGUGAAGGGUGACUGCCUGUGGCACAGAAACGGGAAUCCCGUGUUAAGAUAGAAGAACAUGUUUUUGUUUUUGUUUUUUUUCUGUUUAUUUGGGGAGAACACUGUAAAUAGUGUUUGUAAUACUUAAAUACAUUUGGCUGUUAUUAGAGAGUUCUAAUAUGAAAGGUAGUUUUUCAUUAUUUAAAAACACGUGCAGAAAAAUAUGAGACAUAUUUCUAACACGAGAACUACAGUGCCUGGAUACACUCCUCAGCUUUCGGCAGUUCCUCUGCUGAAACCAAAGGAAGAACUGAACGACAGUCACGGUCGUGUUUUAUAGUAAUAGAAUGUGAGAGUUGGAAUCUUUGGACAAAGUUAGGCUUUGUCAUUUGCCUCUUCUGGCUUUUACCAAGUUGUACCUCGAAAUCACAUGUCCGUUUUUUCCACUGGUUACAUUAAAGGGAGAGCUGUUAUUCCUAGAUGUUUUACACCUUUGACAAAAUGAGCUGCUUGUUUUGACAUCAGUUGAAUUCACUAAAUCGUAAUAUCUCCAGUGUUUUCAACGUCAGGUUACUAACAGGUUAUUUUCUUUCGUUACCAGGCCUUGUUCAUUAAAACAAGUGACAGUAUAUAACCAAAUGCAGACCAGUUCUACGCAGGAUAAUGAUAAAUUCCCUUCUAGCUCUAUUGUAAAUUGUUGUACAGAUGUCAUAUUUCAAUUACUAAGUUUCAGCAGUUUAUUCUUGUACAAAUGUUUAAAAAUAUGGCUUUUCUAAUUGGAUAUUGUAUUUUUUUUAAGUCUUCUUGAAGGCGCUUUAAUUGCUGCUAAAUGAUGUUGCUUCUUUGCUAAAAGAAAUCAAAUGACCUCUUUGAAGGUGCAAGUUGACUGUACAUCAUCAAGAUAUUAAAAGCAGGCAUUCAUUAACAAUCAAGGCAUGUAAAAACGAUCCAUGUUGGACAUAUUGAGUUCCUUAAAUCAGUUUCUGGGUUCUGGGGCUGUGGAGCACAUAGAUACUAGAUUUAUAAAUUGUUCAUGAUUAUCCUAUAUUUCUAGAAGGUUCUUAUCAGCAAGAUGGGAUCAUGGUCCCAUAACCGAGUUUCUUCAGUUUGUAUAGACUUGUUAAAAUGUGAACAUUUUCUAACUGCCUUGUA